GGCCUUUCCACCGCUGGCAAGUUCAAGCCCAUCUGCGUGAAGGCGCGCACAGAGGCCUACACCAUCGAUUCCCUGAUUGCGAGGGCGGAGAACUACAGGAAGACGCAAGCGGAGAUCGAGCGGAGGGCCAAAGAGGCCGAGGAUGCGGUUGUUGCUGCCAGUGGCGAGAGCUCGUUCGGCGGCAGCCCUUCGCCCGCGGCUCCGCAGCAGGGCGCGCUUGCAGCGGGGUCUGGGCCGCAGCUCAAUCCUGCGGCGAUGGCUUGCUCGCGGUCCGUCGCCGCCCCCUCCGAGUGCAGGCCGCCGAGGACGCGUGGCGCGAGGCCUCGCGGAAACGCCAGAUCCGCCAUGUCCGAGGCCAAGAAGUCCAAGGUGGAGGAGCUCGUGGAUAGGCUUGGACACGAGCAGGUGCUGGGCAGGGGGUCGCACGAGGGCAUCGUGGAGGCCAUCCCCACCCCAGAGGGCUCGGAGACCGCUGACAAGCUGAAGGAGCACACCUCGGCGCGCGAUGCCAUCUGCGGGAUCGUCGAGAAGCCCAUUCGGGAGAUCCCGAAGAGCACGCUCGACAACUUCCUGAAUACCCUGGAGAAGUACAACGGGGACAUGCCGAGCAAGAAGUGGUGGACGUUGGAUAACUUGAAGGUUAAGGUCCUAGGGGUAUCGCUGGGGCACCCAACCAGAGGUGGGCGACCCCUUGAAGAAGCCUGA